UCCCGCGGAGUUGCGGCGGCCGCGCCGUCCUCAGCAGUGCAGCCCCGGCGCGGAGCUGGGAGCCUCGGCCAGCGCCCGGCGCCGGUGCCCGAGACCUGCAGCCAUGGUGCCCCGGGCGCCCGGCGCGGUCCUGACCCUCUGCCUCUGGCUGGCGGCCUCCGGGGGCUGCUUGGCCGCGGGCCCCGGCGCGGCUGCCGCGCGGCGGCUGGACGAGUCGCUGUCCACCGGGAGCGUCCAGCGCGCCCGCUGCGCCUCCAGGUGCCUGAGCCUGCAGAUCACGCGCAUCUCCGCCUUCUUCCAGCACUUUCAGAACAAUGGUUCCCUGGUUUGGUGUCAGAAUCACAAGCAAUGUUCUAAGUGCUUGGAGCCAUGCAAGGACUCGGGGGACCUGAGGAAACACCAGUGUCAGAGCUUCUGUGAGCCGUUGUUCCCCAAGAAGAACUACGAGUGCUUGACCAGCUGUGAGUUCCUCAAGUACGUCCUACUGGUGAAGCAGGGGGACUGCCCAGCUCCCGAGAAGGCCAGUGGGUUUGCAGCCGCCUGCGUGGAAAGCUGUGAAGUUGACAAUGAGUGUUCCGGGGUGAAGAAGUGUUGCUCUAAUGGGUGUGGGCACACCUGCCAAGUUCCCAAGACUCUGUACAAAGGUGUCCCCCUGAAGCCCAGAAAAGAGUUACGGUUCACAGAACUGCAGUCUGGACAGCUGGAGAUUAAAUGGUCCUCCAAGUUCAAUAUUUCCAUCGAGCCCGUGAUCUACGUGGUGCAGAGAAGAUGGAAUUAUGGAAUCCACCCCAGCGAGGACGACGCCACCCCCUGGCAGACUGUGGCCCAGACCACAGACGAACGGGUUCAGCUGAUGGACAUACGGCCCAGCAGGUGGUACCAGUUCCGAGUGGCUGCUGUGAACGUGCACGGAACCCGUGGCUUCACGGCCCCCAGCAAACACUUCCGCUCUUCCAAAGACCCAUCUGCCCCCCCUGCGCCCACUAACCUGCGGCUUGCAAACUCCACCAUCAACAGCGAUGGGACCGUGACAGUUACUAUUGUUUGGGAUGUCCCCGAGGAACCAGAUAUCCCUGUGCAUCACUACAAAGUGUUCUGGAGCUGGACGGUCAGCAGUAAGUCUCUGGUUCCAACCAAGAAGAGGAGGAGAAAGACGGCAGAUGGGUUUCAAAACUCUGUGAUUCUGGAGAAACUUCAGCCCGACUGUGACUACUUCGUGGAGCUUCAGGCCAUCGCGUACUGGGGCCAGACGCGCCUCAAGAGUGCAAAGGUGUCCCUCCAUUUCACAUCCACGCGUGCGGCGGACAACAAAGAACAGCUUGGGAAAACCAGAAAAGGCGGGAUUCCAAUGCAGCCCCCUUUUCAAAGACGACGGCCCACUCGCCCGCUGGAAGUCGGAGCCCCAUUCUUUGAAGACAACCGUCUACAAGUGAAGAUUUACUGGAAGAAGACGGAAGACCCCAGUGUCAGCCGCUACCAUGUGCAGUGGUUUCCACAAGUGUGUGCUCACAACAGAACGGCCGGAUCAGAGACCCCCUCUGGCGUGACCCACGAGAAUUAUAUAAUUCUUCAAGAUCUGUCAUUUUCCUGCAAAUAUAAGGUGACUGUCCAACCCAUACGGCCAAAGGGUCACUCGAAGGCAGAAUCUGUUUUCUUCAGCACUCCGCCAUGCUCUGCCCUGAAGGGGAAAAGCCUUGCGCAUGUCAGUUGCCCUGGAGAAGCAGGUCACGCUCUUUCCAAAGUGCUAGCCAAGCCGGAGAACCUCUCUGCUUCAUUCAUUGUCCAGGACCUCAACAUCACAGGCUACUUUUCUUGGAAGAUGGCUAAGGCCAAUCUCUACCAGCCCAUGACGGGAUUCCAAGUGACUUGGGCUGAGGUCACCACCGAGAGCAGGCAGAAUAGUCUGCCCAACAGUAUCAUCUCACAGUCACAAAUCCUGCCCUUGGAUCAUCAUGUCCUAACAGUGCCCAACCUGAGACCGUCCACACUCUAUCGCCUGGAAGUCCAAGUGCUGACCGCAGGUGGGGAAGGGCCGGCCACCAUCAAGACGUUCCGGACACCUGCCCUCCCACCCUCAGCAGUACACCGACCCCACCUUAAGCAUCACCAUCCACAUCAUUACAAGCCUUCUCCAGAAAGAUACUGAACUGGUCUAGAAGAUUUUGAAACGUUGCAUCGAGGGUGAGCUUGCUGAGCUCCGGCCAC